AGCGGGAGCGGCGUCCGCGCCUGCGCCGAGGAGCCGGCGCGGGGCGUGCAGGGGCUGGUGCCAAAAUGGCGGAGCGCGGCUACAGCUUCUCCCUCACCACCUUCAGCCCUUCUGGAAAGCUUGUUCAGAUUGAAUAUGCUUUGGCUGCAGUAGCUGCAGGAGCUCCAUCAGUUGGGAUUAAAGCUGCAAAUGGAGUGGUAUUGGCAACUGAGAAGAAGCAGAAAUCCAUUCUAUAUGAUGAAAGAAGUGUCCACAAAGUAGAACCAAUUACCAAACAUAUAGGUUUAGUGUACAGUGGUAUGGGUCCAGAUUACAGAGUACUUGUGCACAGAGCUCGGAAGCUGGCCCAGCAGUAUUACUUGGUUUAUCAUGAGCCCAUUCCAACAGCUCAGCUAGUACAGAGAAUUGCUUCUGUGAUGCAGGAGUAUACGCAGUCUGGUGGUGUUCGUCCCUUUGGUGUAUCACUGCUAAUAUGUGGCUGGAACGAAGGGCGGCCGUAUUUAUUUCAGUCGGAUCCAUCUGGAGCUUAUUUUGCAUGGAAAGCAACAGCAAUGGGAAAAAAUUACGUCAAUGGGAAAACAUUUCUUGAGAAAAGAUACAAUGAAGAUUUGGAGCUUGAAGAUGCCAUUCAUACAGCUAUCUUAACACUAAAGGAGAGCUUUGAAGGGCAAAUGACAGAAGACAACAUUGAAGUUGGCAUCUGUAAUGAAGCUGGUUUUAGGAGGCUCACUCCUACUGAGGUUAAGGACUACUUGGCUGCAAUAGCCUAGUAGAAACUGAGCUAGACUGUGUGGUUCACACAAAGGUCUUUUUAAUUUUGGCUACUUAAAUGUUUUUCUUUGCAGUUUUUGCAUACUUAUUUCUACAUGGUUUGUCUGAGAGAUUUUUUAAACAUCAUGGGUGCAAAUACAACGGUCCUUGGUAUUGUAAUACAUGGAAUCUUGUUAAGGAUAAUUCUUUCCCUUGAUACACAAAAUACUGUACAAAAUGUAAAGUUAUAGUGACAGCUUGGAAAAGGCUAAAGAAUAAAAUCAAAGGCCACUGUUUUGGGGGAA